CCUGCUUUCAAGGAAUACAAGAAGAUGGGUGUGACUCAGUCCCGACUACAAAACACGCCACAGCAAUAUCCCGAUAUGUCCUCAUCAUCACCAACCUCCUCCUCAACUGUGCGACAAUCCCCGAUUAUAUCUGGCACGCAGUCGCUAUUAUCUCCUGUCUCUGAAAUAUCUCGCAAUGGUAGAUAUGACAAAACUCACUUUCCAUUCCUGGAUCUGCCGCCUGAGAUCAGAAAUAUGAUCUACGAAGAGCUUGUGGUGGUAGGCAAGAUCUUCUACGCGCCCGACUCCUACGACAUCUCAAACAACCAGCGAUUUCACGAAUAUAAGCUCUUCCGAAAGCCAGAGCUGCAGCUCUUCAGAGUCUGCAAGCAGGUCCAUGAAGAAGCUGAGAACUUGUAUCUUUCCAAAAAUCUCUUUGUGCUUCCGAUCGGAUGGCAACAGUGCCACCCCUUUAUCGAGCUCGGUGACUCGUUGCGAAAUAAACCUAUUACCGAGCGUCAUGUGUUCUCAUCUGCUGGUCUGGCGUAUAUCAGGAACGUGAGUGUCGCCGUCGAUCAGCAAUUGGUACCGCUGUGCGCUUAUACACACAACGACUGGAAACGCGAUGAUCAAACUUACAGUUAUACUCUAUUUUCGCAAAAGACAGCCCAAGAGAGAUAUGAGUGGGUCCACGAAGUGCAUCUGAACACGUGCUUCAGCAGCUGGGACGUAAUGCUCCAAGAUCUGGAAACAUUUGAAGCCGGCCUUUUCUAUGUCGAGGUGGAUUGCACGAAUGCAUUCUGUGCAAUUGGCGAUUGUAGGCCAAUCAACAGGUCAGUGACAGAUUGGAUUCCCAAUGUCAAGCCAAAGAAUAUCGACGUCCUCGGGCUCCAGUCAAUGGAGGAGAAACAGGAUAUCCUACACGCGGCUAAGCAGAGUGGGGUCAGUCAUCGAGAGCUCCGUUACGACUACGGACUGCGUUUCCGGAAAUGUGGGGAUAGCAAAGUGUGGGACAAGUGGAGGAUGUAAGGAGAGAUCGAGGUUGAAAGCGAAGAUAGUAUAGGGAGAUAGUAAGCUCCCGCACGCUUUAUUUCUCAAGACUGGUUUGAUAACGGACUGACCAGAUGUAGAUUGGCGUUAAUGACGAGCGGUGAGGUUAAUUGGUGCUUCACGAGGCCGUUCUAUCAUGUAUAAGCGACUCAAAUGCUCUUCCGAAUACGGCAUUGCUUCAUUUCCUGGCAUAUUGGAGGAGGCGCUUAUUGCCACAUUUGCCUUUGGAAUUUUAACUUGGUAAUCAAACAUUGAAAGCUCUUAUAUUUAUUGUACACGACCUUGCCUAUUCUAAGCAUGCCAUAACCUUGUUAUAGCCUCGGUGAUACCGACAUCGUUCGUCUCAAAAGAGUACAGCGCCAGACCGAGGGCGACGGUUCCAGCCCGGAGAGCCCACAACGAUGCCUUGUGGACGCGGGGGACACGCUUCUUGGGGAAGUAAUCGAUGAUACAUGCU